AUGAAGCUGCCUUGUAAGAUAUCUUAUCCCAUUCCACUUGGUGAAGCUGCUGUUGUUGGGAGGAUGAAGGAUGCAGAUUCAGUAGCAAUGCCUGAAGGUUCAUCUUUAUAUGAUUUGGUUCAAACGAGAAUCACUACCACACAUGCUUCUGUUGGAGUGGUGGUUCGCUUGAGGGAUGAGUUGUCUCUUGUAAAAGAUAAACCUGCUCAUUUUGCAAUUGACCAAUUCAUAGGAUCAAGAGUUGUCAUUGUUGAUAGAUUUACAGGGUUGAUGAAAGCGAAUAGCUCUCGAGUUAGAAGUGGAAAAGAAAGCUCAAGCCGAAAGAGAUAAGAUGCUGAAAAUGCAAGUGUUGUAUUCUUCAUUUCAAUUGUUAGUAUGAAACAUAGAGUAGAGUAGAUGAAUG